CAUUCAAGGGGCUUUUGGUGGCGGGCUUUGCUUACGGAUUGAGCAUUCGACAUAGGGUCAUAUGCCAGGUUGGAUGUCUCGUUGGUGGGCUACCAAGUUGGGAAUUGAGAGCAUCAUCCAGUCUGUAUGGUGGACCGACCCAUCCACCACAUUGCAAUUUAUCUGUGGCCGGGGCAACAUAGUCUUGCAAGCGGAACAAUAGAUAAAUUCAAAGAUUAAAUGAUACCAAACCAUGGAGAUUGCUUUCAGAACAUAGAGUAUAGGGUACAAGACUUCGCAUGGGUUAUGAAACUAACCCUAGUUAGGAAGAAGUCACCGGGUCGGCUCGCAUCCAAAAAGGCAUGUGAUGAAUGGUUGUCAACGCCCAAUGAAACGAUUCUAGACGUAAACUCUCUUGGGCACCAAGUCUAUAACAGUUUAGGGUGUCUAUACCCCUUAAUCGGCCUCGUGGGCGUUGCGUUUUGCGGGGUAGCAACUUUCUCGGCAUGUCCGAACUGCAUGUGUGUGUAUGUCUGUGUGUUGCGCUGUGCUUGCUUUUGAAGGCGAUCAGUAGUGUCACAAGCUCGGAAGGGUCACCCGGUGCUGGUAGUGUGUGUCGCAUCCUUGAAUGUUAGGUG